ACUUCCAGGCCCAUCUAUGGUCACUUGAUUUCUAUGUGUUCUAGUCCAUUUGUGUGUGUUCUAGGCCAUGGUAGUAGCGAUGCCAGGAGUAAGGUUACCUGGUUUGUUUUUUAUUUUAUUUUGAGAUGUUGUUUUCAGUAGCUUAUUUCUUAGUCAUACUGAAAUUUGCCAUGAUGAGUAUGUUUGAGCGGGGUUAUUCCAGAAACUUUAAGCUAAAAUGACUCAGCAUUUUGAAAAUGACUUUAAGAGAAAGUAAAUAUGUUAAUUUAAAGGGGGAGAGCAAAUGCUUGUUUGGCUUAUUUAAGAGCGUAGCAUCAACUUCAUUUCUGGAAUUUAGCGUUGCAGAGGAGAGGGGGGGAGAGAGCAUAAACGUUCACACGGAGCAUAUGGCUGUUUCUUGAGAAACUUCAACAGAUCGUAAGCUCUCAAAAAACUGUUUCAUGCAUGUUACAUGGCAAAUAUUUAUUAACUAAACUAUCUGAAUAUUCCCUGUAACACAAGUAUCUUCCUGUCUGUUGGUCCUUGCAUCUCACCUGACUGUGCAGUCAUCAUCUGGACCAAGUAGUUAAGCAUGAUGCCUCCCACAGCAGUAGGUGAUGGGUUUCUGUUCUCUACGUUGUACAUCAGUGGAAUUCACUCUGCUGGAACAAAAUAAUGUCAUCUUCAACCCAUUGAAGGAAAAAAGGGGUGAGCAGCUUUCACAUUAAUAUUUGUUCAUACUUAUGAUGAUUUGACAUAAUUAAUGUUUUAUUAACCAUGAUGGCAACACAGACAUUAAGUAUAGACAACUAUCAAGAUGGACAACAGAUGCAAGUAGUAACAGAGUUAAAAACUGAACAAGAUCCCAACUGCUCUGAAACUGAUGCAGAAGGGGUGAGUCCUGCCCCUGUAGAAUCUCAAACUCCAAUGGAUGCAGACAAGCAGGCCAUUUACAGGCACCCACUAUUUCCGUUGUUAGCACUAUUAUUUGAAAAAUGUGAACAAUCUACACAAGGCUCAGAAGGCACAACUUCUGCUAGUUUUGAUGUAGAUAUUGAAAAUUUUGUAAGGAAGCAAGAGAAAGAAGGAAAACCCUUUUUCUGUGAAGAUCCAGAAACCGAUAAUUUGAUGGUAAAAGCAAUUCAAGUUCUUCGUAUCCAUCUGCUUGAGCUAGAAAAGGUUAAUGAACUCUGCAAGGAUUUCUGCAGUCGUUACAUUGCCUGCUUAAAGACAAAAAUGAACAGUGAAACUCUAUUAAGUGGAGAGCCUGGAAGUCCUUAUUCACCUGUGCAAUCUCAGCAAAUUCCAAGUGCCAUUGCAGGCACACUCAGUCCCCAAGGGAUUAUGGUGCCAGCAUCAGCAUUGCAGCAGGGAAAUGUAACUAUGGCAACAGUAGCAGGGGGCACAGUGUAUCAGCCAGUCACAGUGGUCACUCCACAAGGUCAAGUGGUGACACAAGCACUGUCACCUGGGACUAUUCGUAUCCAGAACUCUCAGCUUCAGUUGCAAUUAAACCAAGAUCUAGGCAUCUUGCAUCAAGAUGAUGGCUCAUCAAAAAAUAAAAGAGGAGUUCUUCCCAAGCACGCUACAAAUGUGAUGAGAUCUUGGCUUUUUCAGCACAUAGGGCAUCCAUAUCCAACAGAGGAUGAGAAGAAACAGAUUGCAGCACAAACAAAUCUGACACUACUCCAGGUUAACAACUGGUUUAUCAAUGCUAGAAGGCGAAUUCUUCAGCCGAUGUUGGAUUCCAGUUGUUCUGAAACUCCAAAAACAAAGAAGAAAACAGCUCAGAACCGACCGGUUCAAAGGUUCUGGCCUGACUCCAUUGCCUCAGGAGUUGCUCAGCAGCAAUCUAAUGAGCUCACGAUGUCAGAUGGUGCUGUUGUAACAAUUACAGCUCCAGUCAACAUGAAUGUAGACAGUCUCCAGUCUUUGUCAUCCGAUGGUGCUACUUUGGCUGUUCAGCAAGUUAUGAUGGCAGGGCAAAGUGAGGAUGAGUCCGUAGACAGCGGUGAAGAUGAUGGAGGAGAUCUCUCAACAACAAAUAUCAGUGGGCUGGUCUUGGAUAACAGCGAUUCUCUGCAGUAGGAAGCAAGAGAGUGUGACAAAAUGUUUAGGAAAAAGAAUGGACUGACUGACUGACUGUUUUUAUAGUUUGCACAGCAAACAUUUUACACAAGUUUUAUUUCUAAUAUGUUUUAUAUGUAGAUAUAGAAGGGUGCACUUUUUUGUAUUUCAUAGUAAGCUUAAAGAGUGUUUUUGCAGGUGCAGCAACUUCUUUCAAAUGUGUUUUUUCAUUUCUUUUCCUUAUUUCAGAAAAUUAUAUCUAGUAAUAUAAAGAACCACAUAAGCACCCCUUUGUUCUAUGAAUUGGAAGUGCUGCAAUUUCUAAAGAAUUAUGCAGUUUCAAUUAGUGCUGUUAUUUAACACAACUCUUGAUGGGCAGGUGAUGUAAAUUUAAAGCAUGUGACACUAGUGUGAAACUUGAUCAUUAAGUUAGAUGCAUAUAUUUGAAAGAUGCUUCUGCACCUUAAAAACUGCUAGUCUGAGGUGGACAGCAACACACAUAAAAAGAAAAUGUUGAUGUGUGAUUCAGUAGCGAAUGUAUGGCAAUUUUACUAAGUUUAGUUUCUCUCAUAGUCCGUGAGCCUGUUUAUCAUUUGCUACAAAAACUCCUAUUUUUACCUUGCCGGGGUUAUUGGAUAAAAAAUAUUUUUAUAAAUUCACUAGGAAUUGGGAUGACGACUGUAUUAAGCAGGAGGAGGAAAAAAAAAAAAAAAAAAGAAUUUCCAGAGGGGAAAAAUAAAUGUUUAGUAUUCCUAUUUGGAAGGUCUGAAAACUGACCAAAUUUAAUAAACAAGCCUACGUUAGCAUUCUAUGAUUCUCAGCUAUCCCACAGCGAUAUACUAUAUUUGAUAAUAGCAUAAGAAGGGCCCACUGUUUGAUGGGAUUUUGAUAUUGUCAAACAAUGAUUUAUAUUAUGUGUAAACUAAUAAUCAAAUUACAUUAACUGUAUCUAGACUUGUAUCUGAAGAUAUUUGCUAAAUGAGUAUUCAGGUAAGUAAAUUCAAAUACCCACAAUUUUUCCAGUUAUUAGAGAGAUUUAACAGUUUAUAGUUUGUACAACUGAAUCUGAAGAAUGAAAAGUUGCCUACUAUACAGUCAUGAAUUCUGCUAUCACUCUGCUAUUUUACUGCAUUUGAAAUAUUUUCCCCAAUACAAAAAGAAAUAUAACUUAUGGAUUUAUAUAAAAUUUCUUCAAAUCUGAAGGUUACUACCAGAAUAUACAGCAGGCUUUAUUUAGAGUAGAAAAUCCUUGUGUGUCACUUAAAGACUAAGAGCUAGUGAUGAAAAAGCUUUUUUUUUUUUUUUUUUUUUUUUGUGGUAACAGCUAAUUUCUUUCUUUUUUUCCCCUGAAGUUUCGAUUCUAUGUUUGUCUAGCCAUGAACACUUACUUUUGGAACUUUGUAUUUCCCGUUGUUAAGUACAAAUAAUAGACUCUGAGAGUCUCAUGGUAAGAUCAAGGUCCUCUUUUUUCCCCCCUGUCCAUUUGUCACAGUGCUGGGGUAGAUCAAAGCCAGAACACCCUUCUGAUUUAGACCAAAUCUGGUUGCAUUUCUAACGUGACAGGGAAAAAAGAUGUUAGCUUUUAGAAUCUUUAGACAUUGUAUUUGAACAAAGCCCUUUGACAGAUGCAAAUAUUUAACUUGAAUACUUAAUUUCUGGUUCAGAAAACACUCAGGCAUGUGCUUAGGUCACACUGAUUUCAGUAGGAUUAACGCAUGUACUUUUUGAUGUGCUUAAAUGGCUGGAAGCUGGUCUUUAAAGGUUGUCUUCCGAGGCAAUUAUAAGUUGGUAUGAAGAAAGAAAUGUCAGUAAGUGUCAGCAUUGGCUUCCAUACCUGGAGGAUAAUACUAGUUUUCAAUGACUAGUAGCUAUUUUGAAGAAUUGGUGUUGGGUUUUACUUAACACAAGUGAUGUUUCUGCUAUGGCUUUUGCUUAUUCCUGGCUGAGGAUCUUGCUGCUUACUUCAAAUGCUGUAAUGAUCUACUCCAGCUGGAGUGGUAAUUUCUAAAGAAUUUGUUCUCUGAUUUGCCGCUAACGUGCCAUGUUUGUUAAAGAGCAUAGUAAAUGAUGAAUGAAAGAUUCAAUUAGGAAAGCUUUGACAUAGCAUAACUGUCUCAAAGGCUAUUGUCAAAUCCAGUUUGACCCUAAAACAUUUCAAAAGACCAAUAUUGUGUACAAAUUCAUGCUCCUUUGGAAACAUUCAACCUACUGUUCCUACGAAGGAUACCUGAGAUGCCUAGAACU